AUGGGCCAGGGCACCGCCACUUUGCUCCUGACAGCUACGACUUGUUUGGCACCAACGGGCCAGACCAGUGGAGUGAUUUGCAUUGGCCAAGACAUUACCAAACUGAAGGAUUUGGAUGAGCGAAAAGCAUCUAUGAUGGCGGUGGUCUCUCACGAGCUCAAGUCGCCUCUCCAUGGUAUCCUUGGCCUUUGCAAUUCGCUCUUGGAGGAUGACGAAACACCUUUCCAGGUGAAGAAGCCAUUGUCCAUGAUGAACAGCUGCACCAAGCGAUUGCUUGACAUGGUCAGCAAUAUCAUGGAUGCGUCAGUGCUGGUCCAUGACCAGAAGAUGCGAAUGUCAAAAGACCCGGUUCAGAUCCAAACAGUUGUUGAGGAGGUUAUCACACUCUCUCAGCAAUCCAGUGGAGAGGUAGGGUCUCAUGCCCUAUCACCAGGUGUGCACUUGAUCAACGAGGUCUUUGCGCCCUUGCCAGUGAUAGAGGCUGAUCGGUAUAGAGUCACACAGAUGCUCUACAACCUGGUGACAAAUGCCAUCAAGUUUACCCACAAAGGCUCUAUCAUCGUGUCUGCUAGUGCGGAUGAUGAACGGAAGAUGGUGAAAGUUGAUGUGAGGGACACAGGCAUUGGCAUCGCGCAAGAGAACAUUGACAGGAUAUUUCAGCCUUUCGAUCAAGAGGACAGUUCGGACAGCAGACGCUAUGGUGGCUUGGGGUUGGGCUUGUCCAUUUGCCGCGAGGUUGCAGCAAGACAUGGUGGAGAAAUCUCCGUAGAGUCGGUGCGUGGGCAAGGAUCCACUUUCAGCGUUGUUCUUCCAUACAAGAUGCACUCAGUCAGCCAGGAGGAUCAGGAGGAGUCUCAGAUCGAGGGCUCCACAACCUCCGCGCCUGUUCCGGCAGAACGAGCACUUACAGAUAAUCUUUCAGACAAGGAGAGAACAGGCUUCGCCGCCCGGUUCAACAGGGCGGAAAGGUCAGAGAAAGGACAGUGUGCAAGCAGCGACCAAGGUCGAUUUGCAACAGUCGAUCUUCUUCAGCAACAACUCAAAAGAUUGACACCAACUGAUCUUUUGGCAGUUGACAAUGCUCGCCCCACCAUUUUGUCUGUGGAUGAUGACCCUAUUCACCUCCAAAUCACUCACAACAUGUUGGUCUCGCAAGACUAUGAGGUGAGGGAAGCGAUGAAUGUGGCAGAAGCUGCAGCAGACAUGGUACGAAAAGGGAUUCCAUCGUUAAUCCUGUUGGAUGUAAUGAUGCCGGAAAUGAUGGGCACAGAAUUGGUGAAAGCUCUUCGUCAAAACUUUGGGCCCGAGCUUUUGCCAAUUGUCAUGGUGUCUGCCAAGGGCAACAAGGACACCAUUACAUCCUGCCUGGAAAUGGGUGCCAACGAUUACGUUCAGAAGCCAUUUCAAAAGAAAGAGUUGUUGGAGCGCAUUCGCUUCCAGCUGAAGCUCUCCGGGAAAGCCCGACAAACUCAGAAGGUCAACAAACGCAUGGAGGAGGAGCUUAUGCCGCCGCAGGGAUCGCUCUUGAAUUGGAAGGACAUCAACGCCAAGGAGUUGAGGGCUGCACAUGAGGAGCGCGACAAGGCACAGCAAGAAGCCAGCGAUCUGAGGCGACGUGUGCUGGAGCUGGAGGAGCUGCACCGGCCGCACAGAGAGGAGCAGAAACGCUUAACCCAAGAAUUUCUGAAGCGACAGCAGGUGCUUCUGGCGCAUCAAGAGCAAUUGGCGGCCUGCAUGGAACAGUUGGAAAGCUUCCAGGCUGUUCAACGGUCACUGCUUUUGGUCACCGACAAGGCCACCGACCCCAAGGUUCCUUUGCAUUUAAGCACCCCUUUGGCAGUGUUUGCAGGACACUUUACUGAAGGCCCUGUGAAUGAGAGCCUCAGGGAUGUCCAGACAGCAGAGGAAUCCUUAAAGUGCUGCCUGAAUCGAAUGAUAGAGCUCUCCAAUUCUUUGCUGCCUGGUGAUGCGAAAGAGGAGAUGAACAGCAUUGUGGCGGUCUUGAACCAGGAUAUGAGCAAAGUCAUCAUGGAGACUGGUCGCAAACACUAUAUGCUCCUGGACGCUCAAUGCAAGCUUCAAGACCAAGCACUGCAGAUUCAAAGAAUCUUGCAGCCACCACGCGUGGUUCAACAACCAAGAAUGUCCAGACUUUGCUUCAAGGUUUGA